AACAUACUUUGCGUGCUGCGGCCUAAUACGGGUACGGUAACUAUUUUCAAAUCCGCCUGAUCCUGUACCGCAGACGAUUUUUUUAUCAAUUAUUAUUAGGUGAAACUCUGCACAUGCUGCAAGGCGAGACAGUUUCACGGCCCAGUCACAGCAAACCGAUUUAACUGUCUACUGUACUGGUUGGUGACUAUUUUACCCCGAAAUCUCUACGAGCGGUGCGACCCGAGUCGAUAAUCCGUUUCACCCUCUAGGAUGCUUCUCCUGCACGUAUGGCGCCGAUCCUAUGCCGGCAUGGCGACAAAAGCUUCGCCUCUUCUGGCAUGAAGAUACAGUACUGGUCUACGAGAGCUCUAUCGGGUGUGGCCAUUUUCGCCACCCCCCCACUCGUUUUGAAUUCCCCUUCACUCGGCGCUGGCAGCAGGCAGGCAGUCAGGCAGGCAGCAGGCUACGAGCCUACACCCUUCGGACAUGUCUGAUUUCUCUCCCGCUGCGAUCCAUGUAAGAAACGAGGCCACGGGAAUAGAAAGAAGGAAUGUGGUCAUCGGCCUCUUAUAACACUUCGGCUCCGAACGGUCUUGCUUACUCGACCUUCCUCGUGUGAUGCGAUGUGGAGAAUUCUUCUUCAGCUUUGGAGAUUUUCACGCCCUUUAUUCACUCAUACGUUUAUUCUAUUAUCCGUCAAUAUGUUGAUCCUCGUCCAACUCGGGGGCCAAUGGUGUAGAAACUGUGAUUUAAGUGUGGGAGCGAGACAGUGGCGUCCUGGACCAGGUCCCCGAGGCUGCAGCGAUGCGAUCAUUGCAAAAUGAAAUGUAUGUAUUUUUAUUUGCAUUCUUAUUUCUGAUUACCAGUUUGUGAGCACCAUUACUACCAGCACAUGGAUGCGGAUACGUCGAGAGCAAGCUUUAGUUUUCAUCCAAUAAGUGGCAGCCUCGGCCCAUUUGAUAAUGGCUCCUCAGCUUUCCAACUUGCCUCAAGGCUCUUUCUGUGCCAACUGUUUGCAUGGUAGAAAGGACUCGGAGGCAUGUGUUGCCCUGCCCUGGUAGAAACGCAGGCGCCUUAAGAUAAUGCGAUCCGGAGUUAAUGCGAAGCCAGUGCUAAAUUCAAAGCGCGAGUGCAUCUCGAUAUUCCCUGCGCGAUCGGCAUCUGAUGGCUUUAUAUUAGUUUGGCGGAAUCUUGAGCUCAACCAGAACGGGUCGGAGAUUGAGGAAUGUACGAGGGCGAGCUCUUUGGAUGUAUAAUUCCGUAUUUUAGUCUCUUUUCUGAUAUCUUCGAACGGAUUAAAACACAUGUGCUACAUCCAGAUUGAUUCCCUCUAGAGAAAAUUUAAAUUAUUUCACGUGAAUGAGCUGUGCUUGAUGAAACCCACCCAAUAGCACAUUCCUGCAAAGGUACACUGCGUGUAUCAUUCACAGUUUUUAAAAUUUCAUGUCCGCAAAUGCCAGUUGGGGCCAGAAGGAAAUGCUUAAAAAAGGGCAUAUUUUUUUUAAUAUUCCGUGAACGAGAAUUGAGAAAAUGCUCAAUGUCUCUUCUACCG